AAAGUCGUGUGGCCACACUUAACUACUAUUUACUUGAAAAUCAGAGAAACCGUUACUUAGUCACGGUUUAACAGAUAAACCUUAACUUUACCAUUGCUUUACUCAUCUAUGGAACGGUAAGCACGAUAUUCAAAUUCAAAAAUGAAAUUACAAAGGAACGUUUUAGUUUUUCUUAUAUUAGCUAGUUUUGGUGAAUUGUGUGCAGCCAAAGCAGGUUCUAAGGUAUUGUCGAGAAGAAAACGAUACGUUGCUUUUCCUGAAGGCUCCAGUUUUUCGUGUGCCGGCUGCAUGACCGUCGGUGUGAUUGGCCAACCAGCUCCAUCAACCAGUCCUGGAACCUUCACUUGGGGUAUGAACUGGGGCAUAGCAUAUGAGCUGCCAAAUGCUACGGAGACUUCCAAGUACUAUAGGAGAUAUAACCGUCUAUCUAAGCCUAAAGAACAGAGAAGAAGUAGAAGAGAGCUCUAUGGGAAGCUGGAGAAAAUUAUGGAGAACAUGGGCUACGAUGGCAGACAGUGUAUCCUCAAGACGUUGUGUGAGACCACGCAGAGACUUGUUCCACAUGGAGACAACAUGGUCGAAGAGAUGUUCCGGACUUUAUUUACCUUACCAAUGACGAAGGUCCUAGCAUCAGAACCUCUAGAGCACGCGACAUACGACGCAGCACAUCGACUCGGCACAUUACUAGCUAAUUGCGACCGGUUCACCUGCCCUAUAUCCUUGGUGGACUUAGUUCAAGGGUACUAUAAUGCGCCAUCUCCUAAGUUGGAUACAGGUUUGAAUCCUUGGGCUCUGUUUAGCAGUAAUUUUGGGUAGAAAUAAAGUGAUUGUACUAUGGUGAUUCUGAUAAAAUAAAUAAAUUGAUUACCUACACUAUGCUGUUGUU